UUCUUUUUUUUUUUAAGUUUAAAAACAUGGCUGAAGAUCAUAAAUACAAACAGAAGCUAACAGAAUUAAGAAAAAGAAUUAGAGAUGUUGAAGAGGAAAACAACACGCUUAACAUUAAAUUGUUUAAAGCUCGAAAAAGUGUUCGACAUUUAAAACUGGAGAGAACGUUUUUACUUGAUCGAAUGGAGAAAUCUACUCAUCUUCCUCCAGAUUACAAUAGUGAUAAUUCAGAAGUUGACUCAGAAAUUUAUCCUCAUGAGGAAUUGGACAGUAUUCAGGGCAAUAAUAAGCAUGAUAGAUCAGAGAAAUUGAUUGCUAAUAAGCCUCAACGUAAAAAGAAAGACCCUAAUGCGCCAAAAGGGCCCGGCAAUGUUUUCUUUUUGUUUUGUCGAUUAGAAAGAGACAAGAUAAAAGAUGAAUGUCCCGCUGAAAAUCCUAGUGAAGUAACAAGACUUCUAGGUCAAAAAUGGAAAAGCCUUACAAAAGAAGAAAAAAAGAAAUAUUAUGAUUUGUAUAAACACGAACUUGAAGAAUACGAAGAGGCAAUGAAAUCUUAUAAUACAAGUACUAACACAAGUGAUAUAAAUGAUAUAAGCGUGGUGUCAUCACCAGCACAGUCUAUAGACUUUACAAAUGAUCAUACACAACAUCAUGAUUCUCUUCUGGAUGAUGAUAUCGUUAUCCAGUCUGAUAGUUAUCAUAAUACACCUGAACCUUCCGCUUAAGCAUUUAAAAUAAUAUGUUAUUUUAGUUUCUUUUACCCUUUCUUUUCAUUAUGUACCUAAAGUAAGAUUUACAGAUAAUUCUAUGCUCCAAUAUAUAAUUUGAUGUUUUCAGAUCUAUUUCUUGAUAAUGUCACUAAUAAAGCAAUAGAUCUUUUUUUUUUGAUAGUGCUUACUAGCAUUAAAAAAAACGAGAAG